GUCGAACGACGAGAGAGGCAUGGCAUCUAUCAUGGAUAUUUCAAGGCGUUUUUGAACUACAGCUUAAAUGUUUCCCAAGUGUUGGCUUCUUUUGACGUUGUGGAUCUUAUGGAAUGUGCCGUUCGAUGCAUCACAAAUUCAACAUGCUUGUCGUUUAAUAUCGCCAUAUUUGCCAAUGCUACUAAUUAUGCUUGUCGUCUGUUGCCUUCAGACAAAUACAAUCAGUCCAGCAAUUUUGCACCGAGUCAGGAAUUCCAUCACUAUGCCAUAGUGGUAGGUCAUACAUGCAGUAAAAAAAAUUGUUACGUUAUUGAGAGAGUGUUGCUUAUGAAGUGAAUCAGUGAUUUCUAUUUUGUUUCAUUAUUUUAAAAGAAAAGCUUGCCAGUAAUACCUUGUCCAACGCCAAUCCAAUAUAAACGUUUCACUUCAAUUCAAUUUACCCUGACUUCAAACAGAAGUAAUUCAUAAGUGCUCCUACUAACAAAGAUCGCUUGCUUCAAAUUGUAAAAAAAAAAACAAAGCAAAACAAAAAAAAACAUACUUUGUUGUUCUGUAAUGAAAUGGAGUAGUCAUUUUUUUCUCGUUUGGGAUCAGUUUUAAGUGAUUGCCGUCCACUUGCAGGCUGCAUUCAUUUUAGUGUUUUCAUCAUACGUUUUACUUUUCCAGACUUAAAUAAUGCGAAAGGAGUUUCUUGGGCCAGAGGAUGAAGCUCCAACAACGCGGAAAGCAAUAGCAACAGUAACAACAACAUCAUCAGCAAAUAGCAAGCUUUGUUGAUGUUGUUGCUUUUGAAUGACAAUAAAAGUUUAAAAGUGCAAAUUUAAGUAAAAAUACAUUAUAGGGAAAAAAAAAGAACUGAAAGAAUAACUAAUAAUUAAAAAGUUAACUUAGUUGUGAAGGGUAGACUAUCAAUUUUAAUGACAGUUUCAGAAAAUCAUUGGCAAAAUCAAAGGAUAGUAAUUAUAACAAAAUACACUGAGAAACAAACACACAGAAAAACUAUAAUACAUCAGCAUUGCAUUUCAAUAAAUACACCGACGUGUUAAUUCAAUAUAAUUACAUUACAUCAAUUUUGCUACUGAAUUUCUAAAUUACUGGCGUCUAAAUCCAUAGGAGGAGGCGUUGGUGCUGAGAGAGGGUCGGCAUAACAGCUAAUACUGACAUGAAUUUUUAAACCUCGUCAAAGUUCGGACUUACUUUUGUAAAUUUCCUUUCAGAGUCCAUGUGAAAACUUUCCAUGUAAAAAUGGUGGAAGCUGUCGAUCAUUGUACGAGGAAAACAGCUAUGUAUGCCACUGUAGUGAAGGUUUCUCAGGAAAUCAUUGUGAUACAGAAGGUAAAGAAGAUAACAACUUUCUUGAUCUCCCGAGAAUUCUAUCAAGAGCUUCAAAACCUUUCGUCACUAUUGCACAAUAGCUAUUGCCGUCCUUGACAGCUUUGUGUUCCAAAGGGACCACUCAUAGCAGUUGCAGUACGCUGGUGGACAAAUUAAGCUUCAGGAUACUUGAGUCUCUUUGCAAAUCUAUGUACCCGUCAGACAGGUUGAUAUGUAAAGUCAAGUGAUGAAUCCAGUGGGUUUUGAUUCUCAUUACUGAAUAAGGUGGGGGCACUUUACCUCUCAAUUUUGGCGCGAAAUUUCAUUGUUGGUAGAUUGUACAAUAUUUAUAAGGAGCUCAAUGGGUAAUAAAACUUGGUCUUCUAUGCAUCCAAGGGAGUUGUAAUUACAUGACCUUACGUCCGUCCACCCGUCCGUCCGCUGCACCACAGGGAAAUGCUCUUUUUCAAUUGACAGCUGCCUGAAACAGGGUGUCCAUUUACCAGUAUCAAAUGACCCUAUCACGGUCUCAGAUGUCAACUAAUCUAGGUCACAUUUUUACAUUCACAUUCACAUUCGCUGUUAAUAAAUCACUGGCUCAAGUCAGUUUUUUUUUUGACAAGGCCAUCAGAUUAGAGCGCUUAAAAGCACCGAGUUUUAAAAUUUGUAUACGGAACAAAAGGUAAAGUGUUGUUCUUAAAAGAACUGUUUUAAAAUCUUAGGAAGUUUUAAAGUUGAAAGUGAAAUGCUUUUUCCAAAGCAGCAAAGUUGUUUGAAGAAUACUGCUCUGUACGCCAUUUGAGUUGUGUAAAUAAAGCAGCGAUACACCGUGCCCGCUACCGCACCGAGGCAAAUUGGCGAGUGAUGUAAGCUUUGAGCGACCGCUGAUUACGUCACUCCUAGUUGCCCGGUCAUACGCAACCCCAGAGAGAAAACUCUGAUGGAAAAAGAUUAAAAUCAAGAGAGUCGCUAUCGGUUUUGGUGAAAACCGAGACCCCAGAUACAUAGGAGGGAAAGACAAAUUAUCGGACGAUCCUUUAACUGCAAUUUUUGCAAGUUUAGACCAUUUUUAUGGGAUUUAUGGAGCUUCGAGUUGGGACGGUCGGCUUGAGAUUCGACAGCCUUCCCCUAUUCCUUUUUGUAACUACAACUCGAGAUCUAAAACUCGAUAGAACGGUUUCCAAAUGGCUCUAGAAGCGAAAAGAUAGUAGAGCACACAACACAAACACAAGUUUAAUCAUUUUUAUUGAUCUUUUUUAAUGUAAUUUAGAUCGUAUUUUAAUAAUUUUAAACAUUCUCAUAUAAAUUCCGAAGAACUCUCAUUUAGGGUCUGGGCCGCCUGUGCUGUAAGUACAUACAUGCGACAACCUCACUAUUCCCAGUGCUCGCUUGAGUAAAACUGUCCUUAAUUCUGACCAAUUACUAGCGAGAGCGGUAUUUGAGGCGUGUGUGUGCGCUUCUCCCUCAGUAGUGGCUUUCUGUGUAUAAAUGAACACGUGUGCAAGCACAUUUGUCCAGUUUGGCUGCAAGAGCGGGAGGAUUGGAUUCAUGCUCCGUCUAAGCCAAUUGCGGGGUUGGGGGGUGGUGUUGGUCUACACCCGUUUUGCUUUGUGGUUUGUUUUCUUUACCCUCCCUCCUCCCAUUUUUUUCUCCUCUUGGUCUAGCGCUAUCGCCUUCUCGCCUGCAGGGCCAGAGUUGGUCCGAGUGCUAGCAGUAUUACUGUGAGUGUUCCGUCUAACAAAGUCCGUGUUGUAAUUGUUCUUACUAAAAAGAGUGUGGUCUAUUGCUUAAAUUUCUCGUAUCCUAGAUAAUUUGGCAGUUUCUGGAACCUAAAAAGUUUAUCCAUGAAAACUGACGCACUUCGUCUUGUAGCACAAGAGAGUGGGUGUAGUUUGUUACCCAUGAUAUAAAUAAGUAAUCAAAUAAUUUUACGCGCGUAAUGUACAAGCUCUUAUUAUAAUUUCCAGAGCUUUCAUAGACAUACUAUUUUUUUUUUUAAUUGUGACAGGUUUGAACCCAGGAGUCAUUUCAAAAGUAGAUUGAGUUUGAUCGUCUGGGUUAGCGUAGUCCUGAAUAGGACUGUUGCUGUUGACAGUGACUGACGUUUCGACAACCUGUCUGAAGAUGACUACCGCACAGGUUGUCGAAACGUCAGUCACUGUCAACAUCAACAGUCCUAUUCAGGACUGCGCCCACCUGGGCGAUCAAACUCAACCUACUUUUAAAUUCUUAUUGUUUUAGAGGCAAUUAUUCUGACGACCGGGUGCCGAGGUUACUGUAAUAGAAGAUAGUGCUAAUAAUAAAUUUCCUUUUUUUUUAGCUUGUCACCCUUUAGGAGUAGAAAGCACGAGUAUAAUACCAGAUUCUGCAAUGACAGCAAGCACAUACUAUGAUAGCAAUCUGUAUCCAUACUACGGCCGACUGAAUGGACACAGAGGAGUUGGAGCCUGGUGCCCAAAGACUUCUAAUGACAGAUCAGAUUUCCUUCAAGUUGAUAUGGGCGAGGAGUACUAUGUUUGUGCCGUGGCAACACAAGGACAUAAGCAAGGAAGCCACUGGGCCAAAAGCUAUAAAUUACAACUUUCAUUACAGGCAACUACAUGGGAAACAUACAGCGAAGACGGUGCUGAAAAGGUAAGAAAAUUAAUCCUUAAGCUCAUCUUUUCCAAGUUCAGUAUCUCGUUUCUUUUGGGAGGCUUAUUUAACCCUUUAAGCUCUAAUAUCAAAAUGCAAAAUCUCAUUUGUGUUCCCUAUACUAUACAUUUUCAAUAGAAUUAUUGGGAAUAAGUUUUUGAAGUACAAUAAGAUUCAUCUUGUUAGAUCAUGUCCUCAAUUCUCACGAUCACUCUGUUCAAAAAAGAAUUGAUAUUACAAGGAAAAAUUUCAUGUUGAUCACUCUCAGGGCUUGAAGGGUUAAACAAAAACACAUAUAAAUGUGUCUUGCGCACAACUUGUCUUGUUCAUGCUCCUUGAUCCUGUUGUAAAGAAUUUACCUUUAAAUCUCGCCAAUGCAAAACUGACUACAUUCACCAGGAAACUUGCAAACCACGUUACACUGUCAAGGAAGACGAGGAUUAAGUUCAAAUAAGACUUCUGUCAUUCUUAUAACAUGAACGGGGAUAGUCGCAUAAAAAAUGAAUAAAUAAAUAAAAGUAUGGAUACCACGAACACAGCAACAAGAGAAACCCGCAGACGAAAUUAGUACAGCCGAAGGAACAAUUCUCCGAAGAUGCGAGAUUCAAAAUGCGCCAAACAUAGCGAUUGAUAACCAACCGAUCAUAGAGUUGCAUGCACAAAAAGAUGACUUAAUAUAUCGCUGAAUGAGGACUGGCAGUAAAGAGUCGAAAUGACUUGAAUAUGCAUCACAAGUGAUUUCAUCAUGAGACAAACGUUAAUACUUGUUAUUAUUAUUAUUAUUAUUAGCCUGCGUGGCUGGCGGUAUUGUGUAGUAGUCGAGUGAGAUUUGACGGCGGAGCCGUCACGAGCGGCGAAGCCGCGAGAAAUACCACCUGCCAGAGAACCAUGAUUUUUCGAAUGCCGCCCACUUUUGUCACCUUAGCUGAUCCCAAUUAAAUCAGCCAAUCCAAGAGAAACCUGCAAUUUGAAACUUCCGAUUAUUUUCGCGCGAGACAGUUUAGAAAUAAGCGUUGACAGGCUAAACACGACUCCUAAGCUCGUGAUAAUGUGAAACGUGACCUUGUGAGUUUGCUUAAACAGAGUGUUUUUUUUUAAUUUUCUUGGCUCUCGCGCGAAGGUUACUAGCACUACACAGUGCAUGUAUCGUUCUAAACUUUGACUGAGUAAACCUUUUAUUGCCACACUAGGCUUAACAUGCAUACAUGCAUACUGAGUAACCAUUUCCUGUGGUUUAUUCUUCUGAAGGUGUUCCUGAUAGGAUUUGAUCUCAGAUGCAGUUGUAAAGUGUUUUAAUUUUCUUUGACCUUUGUUUCUUACGGCUAAAUAAAGACAAUUCCAGCGCUGUGAAGUUUAAAGAUGCCAUUUCGGCAAUUUGGUCAUCAAUUAUGCUCUUUUUAAAGGGGAAACCACAAUCACUUACGUCUUUUCCAGUUUGCCAUCUGCUCCCUUAAUUGGGAAAUAUAUGCGAAGGAUCAUCUAACAUGAUUGACAUAUGUAUGGCCCUCGAACAAUCCGUUUCUCCGCACACUGGUGUGCGGACUAUUCAAAAUACCGGGGUUUUCUGGCAGGCGGUAUUUCAACCGCCUCGUCCCUACUCCCUUUUUUUUAGAACACGGCUCCGCCGCCAAAACGUUAAUCUCGCACCCACACAAUACCGCCAGCUACGUAGGCUAUAUUAUUAUUAAAUCACAGAUGUGUGAAAUUUGUAAAUCUCUCCGAUGAGCUCCCUUGGCGUUUUCUCCGACGAAUACUACACGUUCUUAUACAUGAUGAAUAACAUUGGCAUUGACAAAGAGCAGCAACGUUAACUUUAUAUAAUCAAGAAAAUGAUAAAUAUAGCUAUUUAGAGCAAAAUAUUACAUCUUUUGUCGUAGAAUAGGAAUUGGGAUAGCCCCCACCAAGAGCCAUUAUGGCUCUUGCCCAGACUUAAUGCAAUUUUGAUUUUCUUUUAAUCUUCUUCUUUUUUGAAUAAUUCAAUCUCAAGCAGCAUUUUUAAAUUGCCAAUACGUAGCGAGAUUUACAAUAUUGUACAUUCAAAAACACAAAUAAAAUUGCCAUUAUUACCAUUUAUUUAUUUAUUUAUUUAUUGUAACAUUGUUCUGAUUUUUGACUAAAAUGAAACCCCUUCCAAUAGGACAAUUGCACGAUGACGUCAUCUUACUACAACUACCAGAAUCCUUUAGUUUGUUGUUUUCUUGUGCAAAUUAGAGCUAUUGUUCUUUAAUCCCCCCGCGAGAUUGACAAAUUUAAAUAAGAAAGCAAAAACGAAAUGAAUUCUGGUACUUGUAGUCAAAUGUCGUCAUCUUGAAAAUGGCCUAUUUUCCGUCUCGUUCUCUAAGACUUUCAAAGUAUUCAAUGUCCAGUACUCAAUGAUAUCAUCUUUCUUUAUUUUUCAAGUCGUGGUCGUUUUUGUUUCUUUCCUAUUUUAUUGCAAGUUUUUCAGUAACUAUUUCUUUUUGUUCUUCUUCCAAACCGUGACAAUAAAUUCCUAAGUGAAGUAAUCCAUAUCGUGUGAUGGUUAUUCUAUUGAUGUUGUCGUUGUUGUUGAUGGUGUAUUCUCUCUCAUUUGCAGGUGUUUACAGGAAAUAGCGACAAAAGUACUGUGGUGAAAAACUCACUCCAGAAUAAAAUCCAAGCCAGAUUUGUUCGGUUUGUUCCAGUAACUUCCCAAUCGUACCCUUGUAUGAGGAUUGAAAUAUUUGUGAUUGAGUAA